CCCAUCGAGCGGAGCUCGAGCUCGGACGCGGGGCUCCCUCAUCUGCUCUUGCCGUCGAACGGCAGGGCCUCGCCCGACCAUCUCGCGUCCCUGCUCCAGCGCGACUCCCUCUUCUGGCCAUCUGACCACCGAAGGUAUCUGGCUUUCUCUUUUCCCUGUGUCUGCAACUCUGUUUCAUGAAAAUAGUUCGCUAUAUAUCUCUCCAUUUGCCUAGAACCUUAUAUGUAAAAUUGUGUUAUAUGUAUAAACAGUAGAUGGAUACAGAGAUAACAGCUAAAUCUGGGAAAUCUGUGAAAUCUGGGAAGGCUGUUUGGGAUGCAUUUGCGGCUGAAGUUUUUCUUGAUGUGUGUAUUGAGGAAGUGUUAGCGCGCAACCGCCAUCAAGGUUAUUUGAAUCCAACUGGGUAUAAAAAUUUGGUAACGAAGUUCAAUGAACGCACUAAAAGAAAUUAUGUGCGCAAGCAAUUUAAGAAUAGGUGGGAGACACUGAAAAAAGAUUACAGUACAUGGAAGUCACUAAAUCAAAAUGCAUCGGGCCUCGGAAGAGAUCCUAUCACCAAGACCAUUGAUGCUAGUGAUGAUUGGUGGAAUCUUGAGAUACAGAGAUGCCCUGAUGCGGCCAAAUUUCGACUGGCUCCACUUGCUAAUGAAGAUAAAAUGAGCCAGAUUUUUGAUAAGCAUUGUGUUACCAAUGAGCAUGCGAGGGUGCCAUUACCAAGCUCUCUAGCUGGCCCCUCUCAUGUGAACUUGGGCGAUGAUGAACUUUCAGGGACAGAGGUCGACACUAAUGUUACCCCUGGUGCCUCCGGUCGUCCGAAAAAAAGAGCAUGUCCUUAUUCACCUAGUCCUGCUGCCGUUGAGAAGAUGGAAAGAGACAGUGCUGAAAAGAACUGUUUGCGCCGUACAUGUGACAUAUUUGAGUGCACAUUUUCUAUUUUAAUUCUUGCCUCAUGA